AUGAGCGUCACAAGGUCACCUACAAAAGCGGCCGGCGCACCAAGUCUUACUAGUUCUCAACCAGACUUAUCAAAGUGUGAGCUACCCGUAAUCGGUAACUUUGUAUUUACUCGAAAACGUAAACAACCUGAUGCCGACGUUGAGGUCAAGGAAGCAAUAGCCGAACUACGUAAGGACAUGAUGAGUUUCCUGUAUGAAUUCAAAAGUUCACAAAAAGCUGAAUUUCAGCAGGUGAGGUCGGAUGUAACGGAUGUCAAAAACCAAUUGGAAUCGAUAAAGGUUGCAAAUAAUGAUAUUAUUAGAGAUCAUAAUCAGUUUCGAAAAGACCUGUCAUCUCUAACCGAUUCCCUGGACUUCCAGAGUAAAGAACAAGAUGAUUUGAAGUUCCAAAAGCUGAGAAACCCACCUCACCUAGACCAUGCUGGUGAGACUUUCAACGGUUUUCCUUCUGAGACCGAACCGAUUGAAACGGUAGAUUUGAAGCACUGCUUCCAAGUUACCGUUUUAUCGGUACGGUCUCAGGGGUUCCCAAAUUUUGCUUAA